CGCUCUCAGGUCCCGCCCCUCCACUCUCGCGCAUGCGCGGUCGCGGCGGACGCGGGGCUCGAAGCUUUGAGAGGCAAGGGGGAUUGAGAGGCCCCCCCCCGCGUGAGAGGCGAGGGGAGACCCCGGUGAGACCCCCUGCAUGAGAGGAGACCCCGGCAAGGGGACCCCCCCCCCCGCGUGAGAGGCGAGGGGAGACCCUGGUGAGGGAAGACCCCGCGCCGAGCGGUGCUAGAAGCUGCUCGCUAAUCGCCACCACCGCUCGCGGAGGAGGAGCAGCCGCCCAUGGCCGUGAUGGCAGCACGGGGAGUGGUGCGGAAUUAGCGCCGCCCUCCCGGUUGCUCAGCCGGCCCCUCAUCGACGCGGAGCCGGAGAAAAACUCGCGCAAGCUCCCAGGCGCCAUGGACCCCGCGCUGCCAUUGCGCAUUCUUAACAAGGGGCCCGACUACUUCCGGCGUCCGGCCGACGAGCCGAGCAAAGCGCGCGUGAGCGCCGUGGAGCGGCUGGAGGCCGACAAGGCCAAGUACGUGAAGAGCAAGGAGGUGGUGAGCACCAAACAGCAGCCCAUCAAGCCGUGCGCGCUAGUGCGCCCACCGCUCUGCACAGCCGUGCGCCGCACCCAUUCGCCGGCCCGCGCCGGCGGCGGGCAGGGACCGUCGACGGCGACUGCGUGCGGCGGCGGCGGCCCUAGCGCCCUCGAGGCCCUCAACAAUGCGCUCAACGCCGCGCUGCUGCUGCACCACGCCGACGGCGUGGACGGGGCCGGCUCGCGCGAUGCCGCGGAGCACCGUGCCAGGGACCCGGCUGGAGCGCCGGCGUCGUUCCACUACAGCAUGUGCGACCUGGCGGACGCAUCGCGGGCCGGGCCAGGCUUCGCCGGGUCAUCCUCGUCGCCGCGAGGGGGGGCGGCCGCCAGCAUGAUCGACGUGUUCAGCGCGGCGGCGGCGUGCUCCGGCGCCGGCGACGGGGUGAGGUGGGACGCGUCGAUCGGCUCGCGGGCGACGGAGCUCGGGCCGCGGUCGCAGCCCGGCGCGGGCCAUCACCGCGACAGCGCUGUCGCCAGGCCACUGAGCGAGACGGCCUUCGUGGGCCACAUGGAGUGGCCGCGCGUGCUCUACGGCGGCGGGCAGCAGGAUGCCAAGGACAAGUGUGGGCCGGCGACGCAAGCCGGCGCCGUCGGCGCGCAGGUCGGCUGUUCGCAGGCUGCGGCGGUCGCCCCGUCGCAGUGUCGCGCCACCCAGGCGAGGUCGUCCCAGUCGCACGGCACCGGCCUCGCGCAGCGGCCGCCUCCUCCCACGCACGUGGGGCACCAGCCGCAGGCCACCCACGCCGGUUACCCCGGCCACGGGGCGCCGCCCCCACACCCGCCCGCGUUCCCCACCUACGCCUCCCCAUGCCACGCGCCCCACGGCUACGCCGCACCGGCGCCGCAGUUCGGUCUCGCGCCGGCGCCAGAACUCGCGGCGCCAGGCCCGGUGAAUCAAGGCGGCGCCACGGAGAGAGACGACGGGGCGCUCGGCGCGAAGCUUUGGGCACGCGCCGGGGCGCUAGAGGCCUAUCGCCGCUGGUGCGCCGAGUCGGUGCGCUCACACCCCAACGGGGAGCAGCGCGGCGGUGGCGGCAGCCCCCUGGGGGGCGGCAACAACGUGGUGCGGCGCCUCUUCCAGAUGCUGGAGACCACGGAGCAGCAGAUGUCUGCGGCGGCCAGCAUGGCGCGCUUUUCAAACGGGGAGCCGCGCUGCGAGGCGGCGCCGCCCGGCGCGUCCCUCGAAGGCCUCCUGUCGCCCGACUCCACGCAGGGCGAGUUGGAGAUGAGCACCCACAGCUCUCCGCGCAAGGCCUCCGAGGCGGGUAGCAGCGGGAGCGGCUGGCGCCCGGCGCUGCAGCGCUCCAAGUCGGACCUGAGCUCGCGCCUGGCGCGCACCGGCGCCGACAUCGAGCGCUUCUUCAACUACUGCGGCCUGGACCCCGCGCUGCUGGAGGGCGAUGGCUUGGAGGGGCUGGCGCGCGCGGGCUCCGACAUCCUCUCGCUCAACCUGCAGAGCGCCAGCGUCCAGAGCCUCAGCUCGGCGCCGUCGCCGAGCAGCCAGGUGGAGGCGGAGGAGCGGCAGCGAGCUGCCUGCGCCGUCUCCGUGGUGGAGCGCAAUGCCCGCGUCAUCAAAUGGCUCUACAGCUGCAGGCAGGCGGUGCUGCACCAGAAGGCCAGUGUCGUGUAGGUCGCCGACCGUCCCCCGACGGGCCCCCGGUGGACGCCGACAGUCCAGCCACCCCCUCCCGCCUGCUCGCGUGGAAGCCUCCAGCAUGCGGAAAGAAAUCUCGCGAGCGAGCCGAGGGAG